AUGUGGCGAGGUGACUUCAGCUUGUGGUUUUAUCUGGUAGAAAUCCUGCUUUUUGUCUUUGUUGUUCUCCUCCUGGUGUGUUGGUUACAAGAAAAGGAUCCUCCGAGCUUUCCUCCAGGACCACCAGCUUUUCCGAUUUUGGGGAACAUCUUCAGUAUUGAAUACAGACAGCCUCAUAUUUACCUCACCAAGCUUGCUGAUGUUUACGGUAAUGUGUUCUGCAUUCGUCUGGGAAGACAUAAAACAGUGUUUGUGUCGGGGUGGAGGAUGGUGAAGGAGGCUUUAGUGACGCAGGCUGAAAACUUUGUGGAUCGACCGUACAGCCCCAUGGUGACUCGGAUUUAUUCAGGAAACUCAGCGGGACUCUUCUUCAGCAAUGGGAAGGUGUGGAGGAGACAGCGGCGUUUUGCCAUGGCCGUGUUACGCACCUCUGUUGUGGCCAAAAGCUCCGUGGAGGGGCGAGUCUGUGAGGAGAGUCGUUACCUGCAGGAGGCGAUGGGGACGAAGGAAGGCAAGGCCUUUGACCCUGUCCCAUGCUUGAACAAUGCAGUAUCCAACAUCAUCUGCCAAAUUGUGUUUGGGAGACGGUUUGACUACAAUGACUAUGACUUCCAGACCAUGCUGAAGAAUCUGACAAUCAUGGCCUAUCUGGAAGGCUCCAUCUGGGCUCUGCUUUACGAUGCAUUCCCAGCACUGAUGAAACGCCUGCCAGGCCCUCACAAUGGCAUCUUUGACAGUUCUAAAUGUCUAAGGGCUUGUAUCAGGAAAGAGAUCAAGAGACACAAGUUGAAUUUGGACCCAAGUAACCCUUCUGAUUACAUCGACAAGUUCCUUAUGGAGGAGAAACACAACAGAGAGACUGAUGUUGGCUUUGAGGAGGAGAACUUGGUUUUGUGCUGCCUGGAUCUGUUCCUGGCGGGCAGUGAGACCACGUCAAAGACUUUGCAGUGGGGACUUAUUUUCCUCAUUAUGAAUCCUCAUAUUCAAGAGAAAGUGCAGGCAGAGAUCAACAGAGUGAUUGGGCCGACCCGACAGCCCAGCAUGGCAGACAAACCCCACAUGCCGUACACAGAGGCCGUCAUCCACGAGAUCCAGAGGAUGGGCAACAUUGUUCCUCUGAAUGGACUUAGAGUGGCUUCCAGAGACACAAAACUGGAUGGUUACAUCAUCCCAAAGGGGACUACUGUGAUGCCCAACCUGACCUCUGUGCUCUUUGACAAGAAUGAAUGGGAAACUCCCAAUGUUUUCAACCCUGGACACUUCCUGGAUGAGGAGGGGAAGUUCAAAAGAAGGGAAGCAUUUUUACCUUUCUCUGCAGGAAAGCGUGCAUGUCUCGGUGAGAGCCUGGCAAAGACGGAGCUUUUUUUAUUCUUUGUUGGUUUGUGUCAGAGGUUUCACUUUUCCACUCUGGAUGGAGUUAAGCUCAGUGCAGAAGGAAUAACUGGAGCCACACGCUCACCAUACCCAUUUACGAUCAUUGCCAAACCCCAUUCUGAUGUGCAGCCUACAUCCAAUCAAGCAACUGCAGCAGAAAAGUAA